AUUGAAGAAAGCUCUUGCUGCUUGUACUUCAAUUGACAGUCUACCCUUCUGAUGUCGUCAUUCUUUACAUUACCCGCUUCCCAACGGAAGCGCAAGAGAGAAGACCGCUCCGGAGCCCCCGCCUCGAAGAAACGGGGCGUUGAUGCGGCGGCAGAUGGACGCGCGAAAGGUGGGAGGACAAGGGAACGGGAUGAGUCUAUCUCAGGGAGCGACGUAGAUGAGGACGAAGGAAGUGUGGUAUCAGCAGAGUCAGGCGAAGAGAGUGGUUCGGAGUCCGACGAAGGAGUGACGGCCGCAGAACGAAGGCUGAAGCUCGCGGAACGGUACCUGGACAAUGUUCGAGAUGAGGUGGAGGACUUUGGUUUCGACGCAGCCGAGAUCGAUCGAGAUUUGAUUGCAGAGAGGUUAAAAGAGGAUGUGGAUGAGUUCAAGGGACGAGUAUAUCGUCAAAUCGCUUCCGAACUGGGCUUUUCGGCUGCUUCCCAUGCAUUCUUCCGGGCAGACACGCAGUCGACAACGUCAAUUGCUGUUCACGCGCCGUAUGUUUACACAGUAUCUAAGGAUAAGACCUUGAUCAAGUGGGAAUUAGCCACACCUAACCCAGCUCCCGCACCAACUUCAAACGGAUCGAACGCUGGCUCGAAACGUCCUCCCCGACCACAGCGAAAAAAGCCAAAGCAGGUGCGCUUCGUGCGAGGCUUCCAGAAAGUUGCAGAAAGCAAAGAAGCACAAGGACAUACUAAGAACAUCUUGUCAGUGGCGGUCUCCCCAUCUGGCAAGUUUGUGGCUACCGGAGGAGAGGAUAAUAAACUCAUUAUCUGGGAUGCGGCAACCCUAACCCCUAUGCAAACCUUCACACAACACCGUGACUCUGUCAGUGGGCUAGCAUUUACCCGCCAUAUCUCAACUAUGAGCUCGGGCGAGCAGCUGUUCUCUGGCUCUUUUGACCGCACGAUCAAGACAUGGUCUCUCAGCGCGGCCGGUCAUGCCUAUGUUGAGACAUUGUUUGGACACCAAGAUAACGUCUCAUCCCUAGCUGCUAUGACGAUUGACCAGUGUAUCAGUGUUGGGGCCCGUGACCGCACGGCCAGACUGUGGAAAGUCGUGGAGGAAUCUCAGCUAAUCUUCCGAGGCGGCUCGUCCAAAAACUCCUAUCAAGAAAACAACAUGGACUGUGUUGCACCUUUACCUCCUACUCAUUUCGUCACGGGUUCAGAUUCUGGGUCUAUCUCUCUGUGGUCUAUUCAUAAGAAGAAGCCUUUGUACACUAUCCCCGCUGCCCACGGUUUCGACCCCAUUCCACCCCUCGAGGAACUCUCUCCCGAGGUUGAUCGUAACACGGCAGCCUCCAAUACUCGUCAUCUCCGGCCCAUGCCUCGCUGGAUCACUGCUUUAUCGACAGUUCCGGGCACUGAUAUUGUCCUCAGCGGAAGCUGGGAUGGUUGGGUCCGGGCAUGGAGAAUCUCAGAAGACAAGAGGAUGAUUCACCCCCUGGGUGCCGUUGGGGCGGGCUCCCUUUCGCCGCACACUCCCGACACACCUUCCAAGCAGCUAGAGCAAAAUCUCGCAUUUGAUACCCCUGGAAACCCCGACUCAAUGGCGGUUGACGGCGCUGUUGACUCCAAGGAAGACACGGAGCCUCUGGUUAAGGGCGUCAUCAAUGAUAUCGCAGUAUUUGAACGGCGACCUGACACCGUCAAGCCUGGACAAAUUCCUUCAGACGCCACAUCGAAACCAUCCGAACCCGAAGCACGAGGCCUCUGUAUUGUUGCAGCUGUGGGCAAGGAGCAUCGAUUUGGGCGCUGGAAAUGUUUUGGAAACAACUACUAUAAGGGACCUACAUCGGAAGGCCGGAAUGGUGCAGUGGUCUUUGAGGUCCCGUUUCUUUCUGAUAAACAUGGCCAAAGGGGGGAGGAUGCCCUUUGAUGACCGGAUGUAUCUAAACUAUCCAUAGAUGUUUUCUGUAUUCUAUUCCCGGGCCUGUGUGGCCUUUCCUUUGCAUAUUAUCGG